CUCCGUUAUAGUCGCAACGCAGCCCUCAGACAGCUGGUAGAACAAGCGGACCGCGCCGGCGCCAACACCGCCCGCCAUGGCAUCCUCAUCCAGCUCCACGCAGCUGCUCUAUGCCUGCAUAGCCCACAACGCCAACGUCCUCUCGGAACACACCGCCUCCGCCUCGUCGAACGCCUCCUCUCUCCUCUCCGUCAUCCUCCCGAAACUCACCCACUCCACCGCCGAGCACAAGACGCUCGACAGCGGUACCUACUUCACGCACUACCACACGCUCUCGCCCUCCUCCUUCCCCGCAGAACAGUCCUCCGCCGGCGGCCUCACAUUCCUCUGCGUCGCCGAAAAGCAGCUCGGGCAGCGCAUCCCCUUCGGCUUCCUCGCCAAUCUGCAGAAGAAGUUCUUCGAAGAGUUCCCACCCGAGAACACGGACUUUGCGAGCCUGCCGAGCUAUGGAUGCGCGAGUUUUAACGCUGUGAUGAGGCGCUUGAUGCAGGAGCAGGGGGGCACACAGGCGGGACAGCAGGAUGCGCUGCGGACGGCGCAGCAGGAGAUUGAGGGUGUGAGAGAGAUUAUGACGGAGAAUAUCGAGCGGGUACUCGAGAGGGGAGAACGCAUCGAUUUGUUGGUGGACAAAACAGACCGCUUGGGGAAUACGGCUCGGGAUUUCCGGGUUAGGAGUCGGGGGUUGAGGAGGAGGAUGUGGUGGAAGAAUGUGAAGCUGAUGGUGUUGCUGGUGCUGGUGGUUAUUUUCUUGAUAUACUUAUUCGUCGGAUUCGGCUGCGGACUACCUGCAUGGUCACACUGCCUGCGCCAUUGAGUCCUCUGCGACCCGUCGAGCCAAGCAAACGCAAGCGCACACUUGGACAGCGUAGGGAGUUGAUUAUUUGAGGGUUAGAAAAGGCAUACCGGGACAUGUCUAAAUGCCUUUUGUAACAGAAUACCACAAGGUGUUAUGGAGUCUGUAUCCAUUGCCCGGUUAUUAUGCUUCUAUCAAACGCGCUGGCUCUCUAGAGCACCAGUCAUACAUUGCCUCCAGCGCCAACCCAUGCCAUGCCAUGCGAUCCUUUCCCGAAAUGGAACGGGUAUUAUCCGUGCGCGCCAAAAGAAACCGUACAAUGCAUUAUACACCUGAGGAAAAAUUGAAAUAGCUUCCCCCUACGCAA